AAAUCCUAUAUUUUUUCCAGGAGCGAAAGAAAAUUAUUAAAGGCAUAAAAGGCCACAUUGAUAAAAUAGCUCAUGAUCGAUAUGGGAGUAUGGUGCUUGUCUGCAUUCUUUCGAUUGUUGAUGACACAAAACUUAUAUCAAAGAUCAUCAUUAAAGAACUCCAAGGAAAUUUAAAGGAGCUAAUUUUAGAUCAGAAUGGAAGACGUCCUUUCCUGCAGCUACUCCAUCCUCAUUGUCCUCGAUAUUUCAAUCCAGACGAUUUAACAUCCCUGAGUUUAUCAAUUCCAUCUAUCAGAAAUAAGGAUGAAUCAGAUAUGAAUCAUAACAAUGAUGAAGCUGUUGAAGAGGAUAGGAAUGAUGAAGGCAAAACCUCUGAUACACGUAUACAUCUAAAUGAGGGCGGUAAGAAGGAUUCUUGUACUCGAAGGCAGGAAUUGUUGGUUAAUAGUGGGCUUGCUGAGGUUUGUACUUCUAUUCUACCUACAUAAAAAUAUUGAAUUACU